GGGAGGUAGAAAGCUCAGUACCGAAGUCCAUGAAAUGACUUCCUCAUUUUUUUACUAUUAAUUUAUGCUAAAAAGAAAACUGACAAGACUAGUCAAAUGAAUUAUUCGUGGACCUGGUUACAAAAAGAGUGUUUGCUAAAUAUUUUGCGAGACCUAACUGCUCAAAAUCAGCAGAACGAACAGCCCAACAAAUUGCAGUUAAUCAACCGGUUUGUACUGAGCAGUUGAUUUCAAAUUUGUGAAGACAGAAACUCUCUGCCAGACAGGAACAACAAAAAAUGAAAACACCCAGACAAAUCUGACAUUUAAGGAAGAGAGAACUUCACUUCUAGAGCAUGGUACAUUUGUUUUCCAAGCCAUGAAAGUGCUUUAAAAGGUGCAACAGAUCCUUUAUUCCAGAAAUGGAAAAGACAGGAGCAAACCAGAGUUCCCAGGAUAGAUGUGAAGAGGGCAUCUUGAAGAGAUCCCCAUUUCAGUUGAUUAUGAACCAAAUCCAAAGGAAGAAAUCCUCUGUGGAAAAGGGAAAACAUCAGUGCUCAUCAGGCACUAGAUUCUUCAGGGGCUUACACGCUGGGAAAUCUGAUGGCGAAAGCAAAAGAGAAAGUGAAGGAGCAGAAAUCAAUAACUCUAGACCAGAUAAUCAGAAUGAGGAGCAAGCUUCCGGUGUAGCAGACAAACCUCCACAUCUCAUUUCCAAAACAAGCACAACAUCUGGUAUGUGGAGCGUUAAGCAGUUCAUGCAGAAACUGGGUAAGAAGCCCAACAGCAAGAAUAUGGACCUAAAUAAUUGUGCAUUAGAUGCAACAGAUUUAAUGGAGCUGGUUGCUGUGUUACCUUUUCUACCAGAGCUGGAGGAGCUCAAUCUUUCCUGGAAUGAUUUUGUGGGAGGGGCUCUGAAAUCCCUUGCUUUUCGGCUCCAUCAUGUGAGCAAGUUAAAAAUCCUCCAACUAAACAACUGCAAGUUGACAGCUGAGGAUGUUACUUCUUUAGGAGAGGCACUUGAAAUCAUUCCUCACCUUGAAGAACUGGAUUUAUCCUGGAAUAAUAACAUAGGUGGAAAACUAUCCCUCUUGACCAAAAGAUUCCAGGUAGGCUGCAAGAUCAAAAUCCUAAAAUUUACAGAUUGCAGUCUAACAGCAAAAGAUGGAGAAUCUCUAGCUCAGGUUCUAAAUGUCAUCCAUGACCUUGAAGUAUUAGAUAUUUCUAUUAACAGAAACAUUGGCUGCAGUCUGAAGAGUAUUGCUCAGGAAUUGAAAAAUGUGCCAGUUUUGAAAGAAUUAAAUUUGCACAUGUGUGGAUUAAAGCAAGAUGGCCUCCAGUAUUUAGACAGGGCUUUCCAGUACUUACCAGAGCUAAACAAAUUAGACCUAUCGUGCAAUAAAGAAAUUGGUGGAGGGUUUAAGGACUCAGCAGCUCAUUUGGCCAGUUUUAAAGACCUAGAAGUCCUGGAUCUCCACCAGUGCUGUGUAACAGAAGAGGACAUGGUGGUUCUCACACAGGUGAUACCUUUACUCUCGAGUCUUCAGGAGCUGAAUUUAUCAUCCAAUAAAAACAUUGGAGUGUCUUCCAACUAUCUUUUUAGCAGGCUCAGAUUUUUACCAAAGUUGAAAUCUGUGAUCGUCAGCAGUUGCUCUUUAGGGGAAGAUUCUUUUGCAUCACUAGCUGAGACUGCCCUUCACCUCCCUGAACUGGAGAUAUUAGACCUUUCUUGGAAUAAAUGCGUUGGUGGGAACCUAAAGCUGCUUUUGGAAGCACUAAAGCUUGCAACGGAAAUUCGAACGUUGAGACUGAGCAGCUGUAACUUGGUGGCUGAGGAUCUGACUCUGUUAGCAUUAGAGGUCCAAGCUGGUCAUCUAGCCAAAUUACAGAAGCUAGACCUGAGUUAUAAUGACAGUGUUUCUGAUGAAGGAUGGGCCACUUUCUUUAAAGACUUAACUGCACUCAAAGAACUUUCAGAGUUGGACGUCAGUCUUCGGCCGUCAUCUUGUCGUGACUGUGGAAUGUGGUUCAGCAAGUUGUUAACAGAUUUGUCAAAGCUGCCUGCAUUCAGAGAGAUAGGGAUGCAAAGGUGGGCCCUUCCGGAAUCACAGCAGAGACAACUGGAAAGCUUUAAUCAGGAUGCCAAAAGGAAUGUUCACUUUGACUAUUGAUGCACGGCCUGGGUUUCUGAAAAGACCUUUCCAAGUAGCACAUGCAUUAUGUAUUGUGUGAUUCUGACUCAGAAAAUAGCCUAUUUUUUACUAGUAAAUCUGUUUUCAUCAUGUCUCUUGAAAUAGUUCCCAACUACACAACGUUAUUUAACAUGUGAAAUACACAGAUAACGCCAUUUGAUCACAUAAACUCCAAAUGUCUGGGUAUGUAAGGAAGGUCAAUCUUUCUUAUAUACAUAUCUAACUGU